AUGUACUGUAGGGAUUCUGUGGUCAUGGAAAGAUUAAUUGAGAAGUACAUGUCACUCCCAAAUCAAGCCUGGGACAACAUUGUCAAAGAAGCAAAAAGGAACAUUGAUCAUUUGAGGGAAAUAGAAGUUGUCAAACAGCUUGGAAACAUUCUGAAAACAAAUGUUCAAGGCUGCAAGUCGAUUGGACACCCUUUUGUUACUCAGUUGGGGAGAAUAUACUUGGAUAUGCUUAAUGUUUACCGCUGUCUUAGUGAAAACAUUUCUGUGGCAAUAGCAGAAAAUGGUGAAAUUGUUACAAAACAGCCUCUUAUAAGGGCGAUGAGAACAGUAAAAACAGAAAGCCUUAGACUUAUUUCUACAUGGGUUAGCAAAUCAAAUGAUGCCAUGCUUGUGUGUGAUAACUUUAUUCCUCCAUUACUGGAUGCUGUGCUGGGUGACUACCAAAGGAAUGUGCCCAAUGCUCGGGAGCCUGAAGUGUUGAGUACCAUGGCAACAUUUGUCAACAAAUUAGAGGUUAGUGUUUGCUUUCUAAUUUUAAUAAAGGACUAUUUU